AGAGGAGCAGCGAUGACCGCGUCCAUGAGCUCCAGCGGCUUGGAGGUCCUCCUGUCCACCCUGCAGAAUGCCGGGGAUCUCGACAGCAUGCUGAAUAUUCUCAACAUCCUUGAUGAGCUGCUGUCAACUGGCUCAGAUCGUCGUAUCUGCUACAUGAUCAAUAAAGGUGGCAGCCAGGCAUUAUUGAGUGUGCUGGUCAACACUGCUCGCAGCUUCAGCCCCAACUACACCAUCCUGCUGCCACUGCUCCACCUACUGGCAAAGGUCGGGCACAGAGACCGGCGUAUCGGCCUGAAGGCGGAGGAGGCCGGAGCUGUUCUGCUGACUCUCAAUCUGCUCAGACAGAACAUCCAUCACACCAGGAGAGCUGCUGCCUGCCUGUGGGUCCUCCAGGUCUUCUCCUCUUCAGUUUCCACUGCAAACCUCAUUGGAGAAAACCAGGGACUGGAUGUUAUCUAUCAUCUCAUCCUGGCUUUUACCAUGAAGAAUUUGCACACCGUUAAGGCUGCGAUUAAUACCUUUGCUGCUCUACUGUGGACAAAGGCUAAUGUUUCCUCAGUGGUAUCAAAAGGUUACAUCUCUGGUCUGUUACGGCUUUACGAGGACUGGCACAGCAAGGACACGCAAAAUGUUGCUACAGAAAUCCGACUGGCGCUGCUACACUGCCUCCAUAAGGUCACUCAGUGUUCUGCAGGCAGGCAGGCUGUGGUCGCGCAAGGAGGAAUUGGCAUUCUCUAUCACAUUACACAGUCAUGUUUGCUGACUAAAGGUCUGGAGUCUCUAGUGGAGACGUCGGUCCAACUGAUGAGGAAGUGUCUUCCUAAAACUCCUCUGCCUCUGAAAUCCGAUCAGUCUGCCUACGUGUUUCCGUUGCCUGGACAACCAAACGGUGUCCCCGAUGUGGAGGAGACAUCAGAUGAAAGUGGCUCAGAGAGUGAUGCAGAAGAAGAGAGUCAGGAGGCAACUCCCCAAAGCUUUGACGAGGACUUGGAGACAGACCUGAAAAUACUGUGUGCUCGUCCGGAACCAGACCGACCCAAAGAGCUGCUGGCACAGUACAGCCAACUCUGUCCGGAACUCUCACAUGAGUUUGAGGAAGUGGAUCUGUGUUCGGAGCCGGAGGAAAGCUCAACCGCAUCAUCUUCGGAUGAAGACAGUCUGGUCUUCAACAGGUUUCUGCCUCACCUCUCCAGAGGCAGGAGAAAGAAGAUUAGUGCCGAAAAUGAAGACGACACCUCCUCUGCUGCGCCUCAGUCAGAGCAAGAAUCAUCCACUGAGGCACAACCAAAAGCUGCGGCUCCUUCGGACAUCCAGGAUUUCCACAGCAACGUCCUCGGCACUCAGCCCAGCUUCCACACCAAAGUUAGAGCAGCGAGGGGUGAAAGUGUUCCAGGUCAGAAGAUGGUCGAGCACGAUGAUCUGGAAGAUGAAAGAGAUUCCCAUUGUUGUAGCGUGGUGGAUCAGUUUUUGGACAGACAUGGUGCUUGCGUCCCCCAUCACGAGCCCAAGUUGUAUCGCACUGCAGCUUUCCAAACCAAGUCUAUUCCGGGAUUCAGCAUCCUAGCUUUUCCUGACUUCUGGGGUCACAUCUCACCUCCAGGACAGGCAGCCAUGGCCCCACGGAGACCCAACGUGCAGAGGGACAAAGUGCUUGAGGACAUCCAGCGAUUCCUCAAUCCAGGUGACAUCAUCAACCAGGUGGUUUUUGACCUGGAAGACAGCAGUCCCCAGUGUCCGUCCAACAGACUCGAGUCCUUGAGGUUUUUCUCCAAGUUUGAAUGUGGAAACCUGAGGAAGGCCAUCCAGGUCCGCAGUUAUGAAUACGAUCUCAUACUGAACGCGGACGCCAACUGCUGUCAGCACACUCAGUGGUUUUACUUUGAAGUCAGCAACAUGGUGGCCGGCGUCCCGUAUCGUUUUAAUGUCAUCAACUGUGAGAAGAGCAACAGUCAGUACAACUACGGCAUGCAGCCGGUGCUGUACUCGGUGAGGGAAGCUCUGGAAGGCAGACCGCACUGGCUCAGGAUCGGAACUGAAAUCUCUUACUUCAGAAACCACUUUUGUCCGGCACGUGGCAGAAACAAACCCACCUUUUACACUUUGACCUUCACCGUCUCCUUCAGACACAGCGAGGAUGUCUGUUACCUGGCUUACCAUUAUCCCUACACCUACUCCGCACUCAAGGCCCAUCUUAAGGUCUUGCAGAAGUCGGUGGAUCCAGCUAAGGUGUUUUUCCACCAGCAGACUCUGUGCAACACUUUGGCUGGAAAUCCUUGUCCUUUAGUGACCAUCACUGCCUGUCCCACCAGCAGGAGCUGGAAAGACAUGCACCAGCUACAUAAUCGGCCCUGCAUCGUGCUGACGGCUCGCGUCCACCCCAGCGAGUCCAAUGCCAGCUGGGUAAUGAAGGGCAGCCUGCAGUUCCUGUGCAGCAGCGACCCCGUGGCCCAGAGUCUGAGGGAAGCGUUCGUGUUCAAAAUCAUCCCGAUGCUCAACCCAGACGGAGUCAUCAACGGCACGCAUCGCUGUGAUCUUAACGGUGAAGAUUUGAAUCGUCAGUGGUGUAAACCCGACCCCGUCCUCAGUCCAACUAUCUACCAUGCCAAAGGACUUCUCUACUACCUCAACAGCACAGGAAGAACUCCUCUGGUUUUCUGUGACUACCACGGACAUUCUCGGAAGAAGAAUGUUUUUCUGUACGGCUGCAGCAUUAAGGAGACUCUCUGGCAGUCCAAUUCUGCCGUCAACACGGUCGGACUGAAAGAGGACCCUGGAUACCGGACCAUUCAGAAAACACUGGACCGAAUCGCACCGGCCUUCUCCUUCAACAGCUGCAGCUAUUUGGUGGAGAAGUCGCGCUCGUCCACGGCGAGGGUGGUGGUGUGGAGGGAGAUCGGCGUCCUGAGGAGUUACACCAUGGAGACCACUUACAAUGGCUGUGAUCAGGGAAUAUAUAAGGGUUUGCAGACAGGAACCAGGGAGCUUGAGGAGAUGGGGAUGAAGUUCUGCCACAGUCUGCUGUCCGUAACCAGAGACGUGAUGACACUUUACGGCAGGAGACUCAUCAACUACAUUGACCUGGACCACAACAUCCUGGACCACAAGUCAUACAAUUGUUUUGAAGAUGACGAGCCACCGUGUGUCGAGAAGAUUGAAUAUUCCACAGACUGUCCUGCGGUAAACGCCGCCGACCUGGAUGCAGAUGUCAACAUCAACAUGGCCGGCGGUGAUGACAAUGAGGAGGAAGAGGAGGAAUUUAAGGAAGCAAAUCGACGGCAAGUUAGCGACGGCCGGUCUGACCAGUCAGGCCUGAAAACCCGACGCUUCCCUCAGCAGUUCUGCCCGUCCUCCUCAGAGACGCUGAAUGAGAAAAGAAACGUGUGUAACGGCGUGAGUUUUGCUAACGUACAAAUGGUGGACUGAAGCUGUUUUUUUUUUUUUUAAUCUUAUCAUAUCUUAAUUUUGUUUUGUUUCUCAGGCAGAAGUUGAGCGGUUUUUUCUCUUGAAGGUCUCAAAGCAUUGUAGUUCUUCAAUACUGUACAAAACCACAUUAAACUUACCUGAACAAAACCUGAAACACCUGAACUAAACAAACGUAAAGGGCCCAUCUUGACGCUCUACAGUGCACAACGUAAACGGCACUGUGGGAGUCUGGUUGGGCAUGUCUGAC